AACAGACGGCCAACGUAAAACCACCCAAAAUGAUUAAGUCUAUCUAAAUUCUGAAGUUCUUAAACACAACACCACUCUUUCCCUUUCCCUUUGCCUUCUCACAGAUCACAAACAUAGUCCAAAACCCUGCAAUUAAGAUGGGAGUAGCCAACAACAUCACAGCCAUCCUAAACUUCAUAGCCUUUCUCUGCUCAAUCCCUAUAAUAGCCGCUGGCAUUUGGCUAGCGUCCAAACCAGACAAUGAAUGCAUCCACCUUUUCCGGUGGCCUGUAGUUCUUCUUGGAUUCCUUAUCCUCUUGGUCUCACUUGCUGGUUUUGUCGGUGCCUACUGGUAUAAGGAAACACUUUUAGCAUUCUAUCUCUGCUGCAUGGCCAUUCUCAUAGGACUUCUCUUAAUCCUUCUGGUCUUCGCUUUUGUGGUCACGCGCGCCGAUGGUGGCUAUGAUGUGCCUGGGAGGGGUUAUAGAGAGUAUAGGCUUGAAGGAUUUUCUUCUUGGUUGAGGAAUCAUAUCGUUUAUUCCAAUAAUUGGGACAAGAUUAGGCCUUGUCUUGCUGAGACUGAUGUUUGUUCCAAGCUGACUCAAAAUUAUAUCACUGUUGACCAGUUCUUCAUGGCUCACAUCUCUCCUCUCCAGUCAGGGUGCUGUAAGCCUCCAACAGUUUGUGGCUACAAUUAUGUGAACCCUACACUGUGGUUAAACCCAGUGAACCCAGCAGCGGACCCGGACUGCUACUUGUGGAACAAUGACCAGAACCAGCUAUGCUACAAUUGCAACGCUUGCAAGGCUGGAUUGCUGGGGAACCUGAGGAGAGAAUGGAGGAAGGUCAAUGUAAUCCUCAUCGUGGCGGUGGUGGUGCUCAUUUGGGUCUAUGUCAUUGCCUGCAGUGCUUUCAAAAAUGCCCAAACUGAAGACCUUUUCCGGCGAUAUAAACAAGGUUGGGUUUGAUCUUGUAGCCACACUCACCCUACUUUUCAGAUGCUGGUUCUUGACCUUUUUUCUUCUUCUUUAUCCAUCCAGUGAUGAAAAUGUAUUGUUGUCUAUUCUGUAUAUAUUCCUUUGUGCUUUACUCAUCUACAAUAUGUGGUGGUAUGGACCGACUGUCGUUGAACACACGUCUACCUUUAUAUAAUUUUGCCAGUGAUAGUAGGUAGCAUCUCCAUUAUUCA